UCUCCUUACAUUCUCAUCUUCUUUUCCUCACAACUCAUAUUUUCAUUGCCUCUCAAUUGAGGUAUUGAUUCAAUUAACACUAUAAUUUUUCUCAACACUCACCACUUUCUAAAGCAAAAAGAUGGCUCUUUUGGUGCUUUUCUUUGUUGGAUUACUCUAUUUAGCAUCAAGUGUCUUUGCAUCCAAUGAUGGUUGGAUUAAUGCUCAUGCUACCUUCUAUGGAGGAGGUGAUGCCUCUGGCACAAUGGGUGGAGCAUGUGGAUAUGGGAACUUGUAUAGCCAAGGGUAUGGGACUAACACAGCUGCUUUAAGCACUGCUCUAUUCAACAGUGGAUUAAGCUGUGGAGCAUGUUUUGAGAUAAAAUGUGUUAAUGACCAAAAGUGGUGUCUUCCAAAAUCAAUUGUGGUCACUGCAACAAAUUUUUGUCCUCCAAACAAUGCACUUCCAAAUAAUGCAGGUGGUUGGUGUAACCCUCCUCUUCAUCAUUUUGAUCUCUCUCAACCUGUUUUUCAACAAAUUGCUCAAUACAAAGCUGGAAUUGUACCUGUUGCUUAUAAAAGGGUCCCUUGCCAAAAGAAAGGAGGCAUUAGAUUCACAAUCAAUGGUCAUUCAUACUUCAACCUUGUACUAAUUACCAACGUUGGAGGAGCUGGUGAUGUUACAGCAGUUUCCAUUAAAGGUUCAAAAACUAAUUGGCAACCAAUGUCUAGAAAUUGGGGCCAAAAUUGGCAAAGCAACUCUAACCUUGAUGGACAAAGUCUCUCCUUCAAAGUCACUUCUAGCGACGGUCGCACCGUCAUAGCUAAUAAUGUUGUACCUGCCGGAUGGUCCUUUGGUCAAACCUUCACCGGCCUUCAAUUCUGAUCGGAUAUGAUCCAGUGCAUUAGUGCUGGUACAUUUGCACUUGAGGAUAUAAUAUAAACAAAUAAUAAUUUUGUCAUUAGGUGUGUUGGGUAGGCAAAAUUAAGGAAUUACUAUAAAUUUGUUAUACUUAGUAGUAGUAUGAUACAAUUGGGGUAUAUAAUAGAAAAAUAUCAAAUUUAAUAAUAUUGAUAUAUAGGAGUGAGUCAUUAGUGAUGAGUUUUAGAGGCAAAUGAGAAGGGCUUAUUUUAAGAUGCCCCUGUCAUUUGAAUUAUGGUAUGAGGCAUUAUAUGUUUUGCUCUCAAUUUGAAGAGGGAAGAGACAGUUUAGAUAGCAGAGGUGGAUGCUUGCUUGCAAUUUACCACCCGCUAGUUUAUUUUAUUGUAUGGUUUGUAUUAUGUAUCAACCCCAUAUUAAAAAUAAAAGUAUUAUAUUUACUUAUAAUCGAA